CACCUGGACAAAACCCAUGACUUCUCUCCGACCACGAACGAUUGGUAUAUCUGUAUUGCUUCUUCUGUGUUAUGAAAAGAUCAAGUGAGCAGUUUAUGGCAGAAUAAUCAUCAAUUGAAUGCCAUGUGCUGCUCAGUUCUGGUAUAAAGGGCUUUGCAUCUACCAUGAAAUCAACGUAUCAAAUACCCGAAGUGAACCAUCAUGCUGAACAUCGCUCGGGGUCGCGGAAGUCUCUGUUACCUUCGGACUGGCAGAUUACUACAGCAACGUUUCGCGACGAUGGAAAGCAUCAAUAUGGCACAGAAGAAAGAAGGGGAUAUAUCCUCCGUCUUUUCGUCGCUAGGAAGGACUGAAGAGGUGUUUCCUGAACGAUUUGCUCAGCUCAAGAAGGAUCUUUGGAACGACAAACUUGCUCAGUCGUGGACAGAGAUCGUAACAGAACUCGAAGUCAAGGCUGAAGAGAUCGCUUCUCAGGGAUCCGAGUCUAUUCCUCGUGUUAGUUAUAAAGAUCUCCGCAAAGGUCUUACCAAAGAGCAGGUCACUCGAAUCAAGGAGGCAGGUAUUGUUAUUGUCACUGGUGCCGUGCCGAAGGAAGAAGCCUUGUCAUGGAAGAAAUCCAUACAAGAGUAUGCUCAAGCCAACAAGCCUCUUGUUCGGGGCUUCCCGGCGAACAAUGUCCAAGUCUUUGAAUUUUACAAUACUGUAGCCCAAACGGAGGCACGCACGCAUCCUGCUGUCCUUGACACCCAACGUUGCCUUCUUUCCCUCUGGCAUAGUUCUUCACCCUCAGCAGAAGUCAACUUGGACAUCCCCAUCUCCUACUUUGACCGUCUGCGAAUCCGACAACCCGGUGAUAAGAUGUUCACACUGGGCCCACACGUCGACGCAGGGUCAAUUGAACGCUGGGAGGAUACCACUUACCGGUUAACUUUCAGAAAGAUUCUCCAGGGGAAGUGGAGAAAGCAUGAUCCCUAUGAUGUGUGGCCAAGGCUGAAUGCUAAACAGGAUCUGUAUCAUGCACCGAGCCAAUGUUCAAUUUUUCGUCCCUGGCAAGGCUGGCUUUCCCUCUCUAGCACUGGUCCCACCCAAGGUACUCUCCAAUUCUUCCCGGCCCUCAAACUCUCUACGGCGUACAUGAUCUUGCGGCCCUUCUUCAAACCUACACCUGGGGGAGUCUGGGAAGUCAACCUCGAUCAAACAAAUUUCCCUGGUAGUGGUUUGGGAACAGCUCAAGAAUUUAAUACCAAGACACAUCCCCACAUGAAACUGGAUAAAACGGUGGUUUCGCUGCCGAAGGUUGAACCUGGGGAUCUAGUCUAUUGGCACUGUGAUGGUGUUCAUGCGGUUGAGGCUGAGAAUACUGGAGCGGGUGAUUCGAGUGUGAUGUAUAUCCCCGCUGCACCGUUGACGACGUACAACGCUCAUUAUCUCCGGAACCAGAGAAAUAACUUUAUUUCUGGGAUACCUCCUCCAGACUUCCCUGGAGGCGAAGGUGAAUCGAAGUUCGUCGGUCGGGGGACCGUAAACGAUAUUAAGACGAAACUAGGCCGCCAGGCUUAUGGGCUCGAGCCUUUUGCGGUUACGUCUCCGUUUAUGGAGAAGGCAAAUACUAUUCUGAUGGCGGCUUGAAGACGAUGGGACCGGAGAGUCGAUCUGUAAUCCCUUGUUGUGUCUCUUCUUUUUGCUGUCCACAGUCUGUCUACUUUUUUGUAUUGCAUCACUGUAUCAACCACGAGAUUGAG